UGUUUGGUGUGCCCGUUACCUUUGAGGUUGACACAGGAUCGGCAUCCACGCUGAUGAAUGCCCGCACCUUUGAGGUGGUGAAGACUACAGGCGGCGACGACAGCCUUGAACUUCGGCGAUGCAGCGCCAGGCUUCGGACGUACACGGGUGAGCCCAUCCCGGUCGAGGGGGAGUUCAGUGCCGUCAUUCAUUACGGUGAGCAGCACCUGGAGCUUCCCGUCGUCGUGGUCGACACUGCAGGACCCAAUCUUCUGGGAAGGGACUGGAUGAAGUUCCUUCAGCUCGACUGGCAAACCAUCAAACAGGAAACGCGUGGAGGAGCAGCUGGACGCAGAGGUCGAGGCUGGGGUCCUCGAGCCAGUGCGCACUGCGGACUGGGCGUGCCAAAUCGUCCCGAUAGUGAAGCCCGACGCGUGAAAUGGAAAAGCUGCUGGCUGGCGUGCCAGGAGUCUUCAUCUUCCUCGACGACAUCCUGGUCUCUGGACGGGCUGAAGACGAGCUCGUGUCCCGUCUGGAGCAAGUGCUGCAACGACUCCAGGACUCCGGACUUCGGGGCGACGCCGCACGCAACGACCGGGGAGUCUCCUGGCAAGCUGCUCAUCGGAUACAAGCCGGUCACCAGGUUCGAUAAACUGAAGCCGGACCUUCAAGGCUGCAUCGGCGCCCAGUCUGGAGACUGCUGAGGAGACUGCUGAGGAGCUGGAGCACGGUGGCGACAUCUGCGGCGCCGAUGUCCCCGAUCGUCUGGCCGGCCGUUCCGCUACUGCUCCCGCUGCUGCUGCGGAGCCGGCUGAACCGCCUGCUGAGCGUCUGGAGUCGGCCAUCGGCGGCGCCGGGUCGACCUCUCCUGCUCGGCCGUCGACACUGAGACGAGAUGAGAGCGCCGGUCGCGUCUUCCCGGAGCGUCACGUGCCAGACGCUGCGCUACAGCGAGUGGAGCCCGGUGUCGUCUCCCCUCGAUUCUCCCCGCCGCGAUUCGACCGCGGCUCACUAUUUGGUGAACCAUCGCCGGAGCGUCCGUCCGUGAGCGCAAAUGUCCCCAGGCAGAUGGGCGUUGACGCUGACGCUCCACGACGAUACCCGCUUAGAAAUAGACGGCCUGUGGUGCGCUACUAGAGGUCAUAAUGUAUCUGUCGAAGUUGAUUUUGUUUAAUUGCAAGGCUAACUCUUGAUUUAAAUGGGAGGGUGUUGUGUGCUGGGAACAUUCCGGAGCGGUUACCCAUCCCCAGUGCGCGGGUACCCGCCCAGUUUGGUCUGGCGUCUCGCUGUCUGUGUCUGGCUGUCUGGUGUCUCGUUUUGUGAUUGGCUGACCGUUGAUCGGUCAGUCACGUGAUCGUAUCGGACGGUCAGGGCCGCGUCGUGCUGGCCGGUCGGUCGGGGGGAGUCGGUCGGUCACCGCUGAGCCAGCCGUCGGUAUGGUGCUGUUGCUAAAGUAAAAUAUACCGCACCCGGUUUAA